GCGCGUCACUUCCGGGAUCCGUGGUCUCGAAGAACCACUUCCGGGGGAGCGGCGCGCGGCGGCGCGGGUGACAUUGUCCCUGGAGUGCAGUGAGCCAGAGGAGACCUCAGGCAGCAGGCAGCUGAGGCCAUGGCCUCCGACCUGGACUUCUCACCCCCCGAGGUGCCGGAGCCCACUUUCCUGGAGAACCUGCUACGGUACGGACUCUUCCUGGGGGCCAUCUUCCAGCUCAUCUGUGUGCUGGCCAUCCUCGUCCCUGUUCCCAAGUCCCACGAGGCGGAGGCAGAGCCCUCGGAGCCCAGAAGUGGGGAGGUGAUGAGGAAGCCCAAGGCUGCUGCUCCUUCCGCGAACAAGAGGCCCAAGAAGGAGACCAAGAAGAAGCGCUAGAAGACGAGGCCUGUGGAGCCUGGCAGCAGGGGCGAGCGCCUUGGGGGCGGCCCUCUUGGGACUCAGCAUCCUGUUUCCUCGCUCCAUCCCAGGCUCAGAGAUCUGGGCGAUCGUGACAGUCCCAGGUCCCAGCUGGACAGACCACCACUUCCUCUUCCUUCUGCUUCUUCGGUGGCUUAGAGCCAAGGGGACUGAGACACUCUGGGAGCAGAGACCAUUCUGAACGUGUUUGUUCAGACGUCAGGUCCAUCACAGAGCCGUGUUGUCUUACCUCACCGAGGCGUCCAGCCCUUAGUCAGCCACCUCGUGGGGUCGGGCUGCGCUAUAGGGCCCUAGUCUGGUGCCGAGAGCACCGCCCUGUCCCAUUGUUUGCGCACCGUGACCUCCCGCUAAUCGGUCACCUUUGUCCCCUCCACCUGUGCAGGUGGAGCCAGGCCUCACCUGUUCCGCUCAGGUCAAGAUGAUGUGGCCACUAGUGCAACAGCCAGGUCUCAAAGGUGCCUGGCGUGAGAGCCAGCAGAAGACCCAGGCCAGGGCAGUACCUGGUUCUCCUCUGGCGACGGAAGGACUUGGUUGAAUGGGUGUUUCUUGGGCCCAACUUUCUGAGCCUCUGAAAUGGGGGGCUUUUUUUUCAACCUACCAUAGCACGGCUCCCACCUCUACAAUAUCCCACCUCUCUCAUCCCCUCCCCCUGCCCCAAGUCAUUCAUCCCCUCACCAGGGUGGGAAAGUUUUGGGGGGGAGUAAAUGUCAAUAAACUGCCUCGCAUGCUGA